UGACGUUUUAAUUGUGACAUUGACAGUUUGAAUAUUUAUUAUUUUUAUGUUUUUGUAGGUGGAGAUGUAUUUUAAAAGUUCACUGAAAAGCAAAUUUUUAAAUAAGUAAUCACUACCAAAACAUACGAUAAUGUCUUCUCCACCACCUACCAAACCUCCACGAGGUGUUAAACAGGGUAAAGAAACGAGUGGGUUGCUCAUGUCAGUGAUCCGUACUUUAUCGGCGAGUGAGACAAAUGAGCAGAGGGAGAAAGAGAGAGCUAAAUUGGAGAAGGAGUAUAAGAAGAGUGAUGCAAGACUUGAUGAGCUUGUAGCUGCUCAUGCUCAAGAGAUGACUGAUGUUAUGCAAAAGUUUAGUGCAGUAAGCACAGCGCUGGGCGCUUGGGGCCAGCACUGCGCCGCAGCGGAAGCCCGCCUGGGCGCGUGCCGUGCACUUCUGCGCGUGCGCCGGGACGACCUGCGCCGGCUGUGGGCGGACGCCCGGACACACCACCACGCGUUGAGGAUGCUUACUGACAUUGAGCGUGUGGUGGUGUCGGAGCGGGAGGCGCGCGAGCUGGCCGCGGCGGGGCGGGUGUUGGCCGCUGCGCACGCGCUGCAAGCCGCACUGCUGACGGCGCGCACGGAGCUGCCACACGUCCACGCGCUGUCGGCCACCACUGCCCAUCUGGAGGCCAAGAAGAAAGAGUUGGUGGACAUCAUAGUCCGUCGUAUCAGCGAGGCGGUUUAUCGGGAUGAACGUGCUCCGCUUAGCCGCAGAGUGUCAGCCAGGCGACGCACAGCCUUAUUGCUGGCCGAACUAACAAAGAGCGAAGAAGUAACAGAUGCAUACCUCCAAGACAUAACUCCGGAAUUCGAGGCAUCGCUGACUGAGGAGGAUAAAACCUUCGAGACCACUGUCAUGAUAUCCCUGGAGGCUCUCGGAGUUCUGGAACAGCUGAAAGAGGCUACUGAGAAAUUCAAGGUCCAAAUACAGAACGAGCUUUUAGAAGUUAUCGACUCGGUGUCCCGUCGUAUAAUCGAAGACGUAGAAAUCGAAGUGGACAUCGAGGGGGAAGAAGACGGUGAGAUGUUCGAGGCUGAAGGAGUGACAGAGAUGGGUAGGCCGCUGGCGAGGCUCGUGAGCUGUUUAGCCGAGGAGUUCAAAGCUUGUGGCACUAGGAACAAACGGCUUCUGCAACUGUGGCGCGCCGCGUUGCAGAAGCACCGCAUAUCAGAGCAGUGCCUUCACACCGAGCAGAACUACUGGAGCGCAGUGCAGCAAGUCAUGCAACUACUUCUAACGGAGUACUUAGAGAUAGAGAGCGUGAAUUUAGCUGCACAGCGAUCUAGCGGCAACGCGUCAGAUAGUGGCGCGACUGAACUAAGAUUGUCCGAUUACUUCGCGAAGAAACGACCGCAGAGACGUAGGGAUAAGCUGUUUAAACUCGCUGCAGCGACCCCCCCUGCGGACGCCGUGCUGUCGCGCAGGCAGCGCUACCCGCUCGUGUGCCGCCCGCAGCCCGCACUGCUGCACGCGGUGCUGCCAGCCCUGCACGCCCUGUGCGCGCAUCUGGAACGCCCCGGCGGCGGAGAAUGUUCGCUUCGCGCGUUCAUAUCGGACUACGUGCGGUGGGGCGAGAGCGAGCGAUUAUUGCGUCACACUCGCGCACUCAUCGACGCGGCGGUUAAGGCGCCUUCCGCUUGGCGGGAGCGGUCUAUGCCGCCGGAGAACACCGGGCGCGGGCGCGCCGUGUUCGCGUGCUGCGCGGAGGCGUGGGGCGCGCUGCGCGCGGCGGCGCUGGCGGCGCGGCGCUGCGGCGGCUGCGGCGGCGGCGCGGCGCUGCGCGUGCUGAGCGCGGCGCUGGACGCGCUGGCGCAGCACGCGCGCGCCGCGCACGCCAAGCUGGCGCCCGCCGGGCCCGCGCGCGCCGCCCGCUGGCUGGCCGACGACGACAUCGUGCGCUUCCUGCAGGCGCUGCCCAACUACCGCGCCGCCGUCGACCACUCGCACUACACCGACAAGGAGCUCAAACAAGCUUACGAACGUGAAGCGGAGAUCCUCGGAACUAGUUUAGGUGAUGGGGAGGUUUCAAAACGGGAAAUAGUUGCAGAUAUCAACACGCUUGUGGACUUGGCGUUACUCUGCGAGAGCAUGGAUUGGCUAAGCACGAACAUAAAAACGAUUCCGGCUAUAGUAAGCGCCCCUUCCGGAUUCGGCGCGGGCUUGAAGCUGAACGAGAAGUUCCACGCGUACAUAGCCUCGGCUGCGAGGAACUUCGAGAGCAUCGCGCACAAGUGUCUUUUGUUCCUGCAUCUAGAGAUGCGGAUCGAAUGCUUCCACUACCUGGGGCAGGAGGAGAAGGUGGAAGGUUCAGAGAGCUCCGAACAGUCGGGUGGAGCGGGUGGUGCCUCGCGCCUCGCUCACCGCCUGCUGGCUUUCCACGAACAUGCCUCGGCUUUACUGGCAGACUCGGCUUUGGCGUACAUCAUGAGCGGCGUGGGCGAGAUGAUGUCGGCGGCGGUGGUGUGGCGCUGGCAGAGCGCGGCGGGCGCGGGCGCGGGCGCGGAGGCGCGGCUGGCGGCGCUGCGCCACUGCCUGGCCGCGCUGGCGCUGCCGCACGACGGCCUGCACGCCGCGCACGCCUACCUGCACCUGCUGGCCUGCUCGCCCGAGGAGAUCAUAACAUCGGUGCGCGAGAAGGGCCCGCAGUUCUCGGAGCUGGAGUACCUCAACGCCUUCAAGGUGAUCGGCGCGCGGCGAGGCCUGGCGCCCGCCGACAUGCGCGCGCAACUCAAGCAGCUGUCCGCGGCGCUGGGCCACGUGGGGGUCACUGUUUAAACCUCCCCCUAUAGUGAAAAGGGGUUUAGGCCGCCAUCCACCACGCCGUCAAAAGUACCAUCUAUGUGCCUAUUUGACAUGACUUGACUUUACUUAACUUGAGUAAUCACACUUAGCACUAUACAAAAUAGAUGGUGUCCCAGUUUCAAAUGAGCUUGUAGCGUAUGUCUGCUAUAUAAACCAAAUUUUUAUUAGUUCUUCAUAGUUUAUAACAUUCAGUAGCCUUAGUAUGAGAUUUGCUCAUUGCAAUCAAGGAAUCGUUUUCGAUUGUGUAAAUACUUGAACAUCGGAGUAAAAUGGACCAAGUUUGUAUUAGAUUAAAGCUCAAACUUACCUACAAUUCUUUAAGUCCGGUUUUGAUGAAACGAUUGAAAAAACGAAUUUCCUGAAAUACAGGAUUAGCGACUCUAAAACGAGGGACAUUAGGAAAAUUUUACUUUGACCAUAUAGAGUUUCAUACUCGAAAACAACUUUUUCAUUGUGUGCUUGCAAAUCUUGUACUAAGGCUUCAAGUCGCCGGGAAUUUCGUUCUUAUCUAACAAUAUGUUUAUAUAUAUAUAUACAAGUUUUAACAUUAAAAAGCUGUAUUAUAAAGUCGUAAUUUGUUGCAUAGGUAAUCUUAGUACUAUGUAUUAUUUAA